GGUUUGGCAAUAACCUGCGCUACGCGGCGGCGUUAGUUCGGCCCUGUUGGGUCUUGCUCAGAAGCUCCGCCUCUCCCCGGUUUUUCUAGAAAUCCGGCUUUGCUCUUGGUGGUGUCGUACAGGUAUUUCCCCGCCACUUCAGGUGCUCUCGAGGCAGUGCUCUCCGGAGCGGGCGAGACUUUCCUGUUAAGCGUCCCAGACGCGCGUGUGGGUCUCCCAUGGCGGAUACGGCCCCGAACGGCCCCCAAGGGGCGGGCGCAGUGCAAUUCAUGAUGGCCAAUAAACUGGACACGGCGAUGUGGCUUUCUCGCUUGUUCACAGUUUACUGCUCUGCUCUGUUUGUCCUGCCUGUUCUUGGGUUGCAUGAAGCUGCGAGCUUUUAUCAGCGUGCUUUACUGGCAAAUGCUCUUACCAGUGCUCUGAGGCUGCACCAAAGGUUACCACAUUUCCAGUUAAGCAGAGCAUUCCUCGCCCAGGCUUUACUAGAAGACAGCUGCCACUACCUGCUGUACUCACUCAUCUUUGUCAAUUCCUACCCUGUUACAAUGAGUAUUUUCCCAGUCUUGUUAUUCUCUUUGCUUCAUGCUGCCACAUACACGAAAAAGGUCCUUGAUGCGAAGGGUUCAAAUAGUUUGCCUCUGCUGAGAUCUAUCUUGGAUAAAUUAAGCGCUAAUCAACAAAAUAUUCUGAAAUUUAUUGCUUGUAAUGAAAUAUUCUUGAUGCCUGCUACAGUUUUUAUGCUUUUUAGUGGCCAAGGAAGUUUGCUCCAGCCUUUUAUAUACUAUAGAUUUCUUACUCUUCGAUAUUCCUCUAGAAGAAAUCCAUAUUGUCGGACCUUGUUUAAUGAACUGAGGAUUGUUGUUGAACACGUAAUAAUGAAACCUGCUUGCCCACUGUUUGUGAGAAGACUUUGUCUCCAGAGUAUUGCUUUUAUAAGCAGACUGGCACCAACAGUUGCGUAGUUUAACAUCCAGCUAAGUUAUAUAUAGUAGAAAUAAGCAUUUUUAGCAGUUGGUACUUCUGCUAAGGGUUGUUAAUUCCAGGUAUAAAACUGACCUCAAUCCAAUUUACAUAAACACAUCUCAAUGGAAAAUUUAUCAUUUUCCUGGCAUGUUAAAUCAAGCCUUUUAAAAAGUUCCCAAGAAAAUUUUAUUGUGCUGUGUUAUUAAUGGUUAAGGAAGUUUCUGUCCUGUGAUCAGUGUAUCAGAAAUUUUUUUAAAUGCUGCUGUGCCUUUAUCAUGAAGUACAUUUAUUUCUCUUAUAAAAGUAGCUUUAAAAUUUCUUUCAACUUAAUUGGUACCCUAAAUUUAUAUCUGGCAUGAUUCCAUUAUAGUAAUAUUAACAUACAUGAAUUCAUCAUAUUUUGAGACAGUAUUAUUUUGCCAUUCAGUAAUUUUGGUUGAUGAUUUUAAAAGAAACAUUUACCACUAUAUUUAAUUUCAGAUUGUUAUUAAAUUCAUGUUCUGCUGCUUUGUUAGGAUUUGUUUUGGAUAUACCAUUUUAAGAGGAAUUCUGCAUGCAUCUUGUAUCUUAUGCUAUGAUCUUCCAAAUUUUUAUUUCCAUAACUACUUAAUGUGGCUUUGAAUAUUUUUUAAAAGGCUGAACUGUAAGCGUGUUAGCCAACCGAGUCACUGUCUGGGGUCACUGCUGUUUCACAUCAGAAAGCCUUAGUGGUUAUAUGGCUUUCCUUUUCGAUACCCAUCAAGUAACCUUUCUCAAAUAGGAAACCCUUUUACAGAUGUGGACACACAGAUGAUGAGCGUUACUGUAGUUUAUAGAAUUAGAUUCUUGACCGCCGAUUUUCUUGGUUCCUUAGGCUUGAAUUUUCAUAGACAGUUGCAGCAGUUCAGAUGUCUUUUGAAAGGAAUGUCACUGAAGAUUGAGCAUAUGCCUGUGCUUGGGUCUGUUCUGAAAUAAUAAUGAAGAUGAUCCUGUAGAUUACAUACUUACCCAUCAAAUGUGAUUUAAAAGGUUAAGUGGAAAGAUUUAUAGGUAAGAUAAUUGGUGGGGAAUGGGGCUGGAAGAUGAAUUGUGGGGGAUUGGUGUGUAUUUUAAUUUCUUAAUGCAUAGGUAAAUUUAGGAGUCUUGGGUGUAUUAUGCAGCUGUGAUUUGAGUUGUAUAAUAUGUUAAAUCCUGUUUGUUGAGCUGCCCUCAACUUCUUUAUAAAAUUCAUUCUGAUCUUUA